CCCGAAGCGCGAGGCUAGCAGCCGCGGGCUGGGGGCGCCCUGGGCUGCCAUAAAGUGAAUGGGAGCCGGCGGGGGGUGGCAGUCAGCCGCGAGGCUCACUCUCUCCCUCAGCGAGUCCGGGAGCGCCGGAGCCGAGCGGCGGUCCGGGCACAGGGGGGUGGCCCCCGCCCCGGCCGGGUGCCCGGCCCCUGGCCCCUGCCUGCCCUCCAGACUGCCGCCGCCGCCGCCGCCGCCGCCGCCGCCGCCGCCGGGAGUCUGCCUGCUGCGGGACUCACUAGUCCUCCCUCCAUGGAGUUCGGCCUGCUCAGCGAGGCGGAGGCCCGGAGCCCGGCCCUCUCGCUGUCAGAUGCGGGCACUCCCCACCCGCCACUCCCAGAACACGGCUGCAAGGGCCAAGAGCACAGCGACUCGGAGAAGGCCUCGGCUUCGCUGCCCGGAGGCUCCCCGGAAGACGGCUCCCUGAAGAAGAAGCAGCGGCGGCAGCGCACCCACUUCACCAGCCAGCAGCUACAGGAACUGGAGGCGACCUUCCAGAGGAACCGCUACCCCGACAUGAGUACGCGCGAAGAGAUCGCCGUGUGGACCAACCUCACUGAGGCCCGCGUGCGGGUGUGGUUCAAGAACCGGCGCGCCAAGUGGCGGAAGCGCGAGCGCAGCCAGCAGGCGGAGCUGUGCAAGGGCGGCUUCGCCGCGCCGCUCGGGGGGCUGGUGCCGCCCUACGAGGAGGUGUACCCCGGCUACUCGUACGGCAAUUGGCCACCAAAGGCUCUCGGCCCGCCGCUCGCUGCCAAGACCUUCCCGUUCGCCUUCAACUCGGUCAAUGUGGGGCCUCUGGCAUCGCAGCCCGUCUUCUCGCCACCCAGCUCCAUCGCCGCCUCCAUGGUGCCCUCGGCCGCGGCCGCCCCGGGCACCGUGCCAGGGCCCGGGGCCCUGCAGGGCCUGGGCGGGGGGCCCCCCGGGCUGGCUCCGGCCGCAGUGUCCUCCGGGGCAGUAUCCUGCCCUUACGCCUCGGCCGCCGCAGCCGCUGCUGCAGCCGCCUCCUCCCCCUACGUAUAUCGGGACCCGUGUAACUCGAGUCUGGCCAGCCUGAGGCUCAAGGCCAAACAACACGCCUCUUUCAGCUACCCCGCCGUGCCCGGGCCGCCCCCGGCCGCCAACCUCAGUCCGUGCCAGUACGCCGUGGAACGGCCCGUAUGAAUGGCCCGGUCCGUCGACCAUCCCCGAGGGCGGGGUCGAUAAUUCACAGCCUCCCCGGACUGGGGUCGUCUAGACUGGCUUGCCCCUGCCCCGGGGUCUGAGAGGGGUGCUGGGGCAGCUGAAGGGUCGGGGGGAGGCGGCCGGCUCAGGAGAGAGAUUUCCCCCACCGCCGACCCUGAGGGGUGGACUGGACCCUACACACAGUCCGCGCCCCUGGGACUAAGGCCAGGAAAAGGGACCAGUUCCCCAGGGGCCAACUGACCCUUGGCCCACCCCGCCUUCUUCAGACUCCUCUCCUCAUUUUCAAAGAUUAAUGAAAUAAACGUGCGCGGACUGCCAAAGGCCUGAUGAUUCAGAGUUGCGAUUCAGCCCCCUCCCCUCAAGCUCUCCCAUUUCUAAAGGAGAGCUGGGUGUGCAGGAAAAAAGGGCCGGGGCUUCCAGGGCUUCAGUACCCCCUCAGCUCCCAACACCAGGAUGGAAAAGCUGGGGGAUUCCUGGACCCACGGAGCGCACCUGCAUGCGCGUUUGUUGAGUGUGGCUUAGGGGCCAGCAACUUGGCUGGCGUUGGCCAAAGUUGGUGCUGCGGCGCCACCCGGUGGUCUCAUGGCGGAUAACUGGGAGGUCUGGUCUCCAACGCUUACUUGGCAGGAAUCAAUUCUGCAACUUAGGAAGCCUAUGAUCUUAGAUAAGUUACUCCGCCUUUCUGCACCUGUUUCUCACUGUUCCUAUGAGGGGCUUGGGCCUCUAAUAGCAAUAAAAUUCUGGUCUGUGACAGAUAUUUAUUAAGUGCCUACCAGGCCUAGGGUUCUUGAGUGUCUGUGUGUGAGCCUCUCAUCCUUCCACACACCUUCUUAGUCUCCUCACCCAGUGAUCAUCCUGCUUGCCAGCAGCCCUCUCCCAUCACAGCAGUCCUCCUCUUCCCCAAAAUCCCAAAGCCCCCAAAAUCGUGUUGAAAUCUUUAAUUAAAAAAUAGAGCAAGAAGAAUAUUUCUGGAUAGAAAUAUAAGUAACUCAGUUCUGGGGAUCCUCUUCAGUCCUACCCCCAACCCAGGACCUGCUUGGCCUUCACAUUAAAAAUGGAAACAUCAAAGUACUAGAUUGCACCCCAUUCCAGGGCUGACACUUCUUGUCUGACAUAACUUCCUGCCACCUUGGGGCACACAUCCCAUGGGGAAAACCAUGCAGGAAAGGCAUCCCAAUCAUUCUCCCAAACCUAAGCUCAGCCCCUCAGUGCCUUGGUGGGGAGAGAGACUGGGGCUCCUUUUUCUCCAGCCCUUCACUGACUCUUGGUCUUGGCUUUGGCCUUGGGCGUUAUAUAGGUGUGGUGGAAGUAAUGGGCAAAGAGAAUGAAAUAGGUCGUGUACAAAACGAGGGACCAGAAGAAGUGUUCCGUUGUGGUGUGGCAUCCCUGUUCUUGUCUCCAGAUGUAACUUAGGAUGCCGACAAUGGCUCCCAUAAACAUCUGCAGGAUCUGCAGGCUGGUG